GUAAAACUUAUGGAAACGCGGAACACCGAGUGACAUGAAGAGUGUCACUCUGAUAUAUAUGUGAGAUACUGUAUGGCCUGGAAAACAAUAUAUAAAGGAUAAUGAAUGAAUCGGUGAUGAACAUCAGUUGGUCUCAGUGUCUCUGUUUCAUCCUCCUGCUUCUUCAACUCACCACUGUCUCCACACAGGAGAGUUUUGAGGUUCUUGGUCCAGCUGAUCCUGUAGCUGCUGUAGCUGGUGAAGACGUUGUUCUGCCCUGUUACCUCAAACCCAACAUCAGUGCUGUUGACCUGAGUAUCGAAUGGCUCAGAGUUCAUACCGAAGACCCAGUUGUACAUCUUUACCAGGAUCAUGAGGACAGAAAUGAGAAGCAGAUCCCAUCUUACAGGGGAAGGACAUCACUGUUCCCUGAGGAACUGAGGAAAGGAAACACUUCACUGAAAGUUAAAAAUGUGCGAGGAUCUGACAAUGGAGAGUAUAAAUGUUUUAUUCAGGCUGGGGACUGGUAUGAUGAUUCUUCCAUUAAUGUUCAUAUUAAAGCUGUAGGAACCCAUCCAGUGAUCUCCAUCGAGGGAUAUAAAGAAGGAGGGAUCAGUCUGGUGUGUGAAUCUAAAGGUUGGUACCCUCAGCCUCAAGUGGUCUGGAUGGACAGUGAAGGACACGGUCUCCCUGCUGGACACACAGAGACACACACAGACAGUAUGGAUCUCUUCACCGUGAGACGACGUGUUAUUGUGCAGGAGAGAGAGACCAACAGGUUCACCUGUCGAAUUCUACAGCAGCAGAUAAAUGAAAUGAAAGAGACAAUAACUGACAUCCCUGGUGAGAUGUUCCACCGUGCUCAUCCCUGGAAGGUGGCCUUUGCUGUGUUCUUCUCCCUGGGAGUUCCUGCUAUCAUCAUAUUGGCUGUUUUAAUUCCUCGCUAUAUAAAACAGCAAAGAGAAAAAAGUAUUUAACAUAUUUCUGUUAAAAGAGUUAUUUAGAGAAAUAACAGAACUCUGUGAUGGUGUUUUUUAAUCCAUGUUUCAUUCACACUAACACUGAUGUUCAUACAUUUAUAGGGCUCCUCACCAAACGACUGGGUAAGUAACACUUACUUGUAUCUUUGUGUUUGUGUUUGUUAAACAAGUGUAAAACCAAAAUCAUGAGACUGAACUGCACCUGAUAGGUUAAUAUGCAAUUAUUAGCAUAAAGGCACAAUGUCACAAAAACUGUAUUUGAAAAAGUAAAAUAGAAAAAUUAAAACAGUUCAGAAUUGGUAAAAUAUAAUUUUUUUUUUUUUUUUACUGAUAUUAACCCUGUUUUUUGUAGGAAUGAAAUAUUUCCCUUUGAACUGAAUUUUUUGCAGUUGGAGGACAAAAGUAAAAAGAAACUAUAGAACAAACACAUACAGCGAGAAAACAGUGUGAAUUCAGAAUACAACAACUGAAAAACAACAGGGUGCACAAAUAUAAACAACUCUGUAAAUAACAGGUGGAAUCAACAGAAUCCAGUUAGAAACAAUUUUUAUACGAUGAAAAGCCACUUCCCUUCAGUGAGCCCCUCUCCUGGGCACGGUCAUGGUGGUCCAGAGCUUAUCCUUUGGACAGAAGUACACCCUUGACAGGGCACUACUCCACUGCAGGGUAUCCACACACACUCACAGGAAGGACAAUUCAAUGUCACCAGUUCACCUGAGCUGCAUGUGUUUGGA